AGAGGAUGUUAAUAGCUCUCUCAGUGUCAUAUAGCGCGGAGUCUAGAGAAAAUAAAGUGCUUUCUAAAUCCGGGCCGUGGCAACUCUGCCGGACUGUGCCACGGGCUGGAGACUGAAGUCGGGGCGAGAAGUGCUGGCCAUUCCCGCUCUAUCAAAGCGAGAGAGAGCACGCCACCCGCUCCUCACAGACCUGACUGGAGGCUACGCGUGAGAGAUCGAUACACGCGUCUGCACUCUGUUGUCGACUGAGUCACUGAGUCGCUCACACAACUGUUCUUGUGUCCUGUGAUCGCCGCCGCCUGAGCCUCCUGUCCCUCCGUCAGCACCUUCGCCAUGCCGUGCCAACAGUCCCCGCACCUGGAGCUGUCCCUGGGGCGGCGGGUCUUCAUCUUCUUCGUGGGGUUCCUGGAGUCUGUUCUCUUCGCCGGCACUGUCUUUGGAUGGCCUCAGCUGGUGCAUGUGCUCAAAGUGGAGGGAUUGUAUAGUGACAUGUGUGAUGGCCCGUCCUCCUCCUCCUCCUCCUCUUCCUCCUCCUCCUCAUCAUCAUCUUCCUCAUCGUCUUCUGCUAAUUCACCUCAGUUGCCAUCCGUGAAUCACAGCUCGCCGCUCAACGUGACAUCUCUUCUCAGUCCAAAGUCUCCGCCCAUGGAUAUCUUCAACAAUUCCCGCUGCUACGCCUUCAACCACACCUACGACAUCUCCCAGAGCCACAGGGUGGGCGUGGAGCAGUGUGAGCCCCAGGACGAGCGGUUUGCCCUCAUCUACACCAUUACCGUGGGAUGCUACAGUCUCACCGGGAUCUUCAUUGGCUACCUUCUCCAUCACGCGGGACUAAGGGUUACCAGGAUUUCAGGAGGAACAAUGUUGGCGCUCAGUUUCCUGUUUCUAGGCUUGACUACGAAAGAGUCUCCUGACUGGCUGUUCCCUACCAUGGUCUUGAUGGCUUUAGGAGGCAACCAAAUCAGAAUGGCGAUCAUGCAGUUUUGCGACCUCUUCCCUGAUCAUCGCGCCACGGCCCUCACCAUCAUGUCAGGAACCUACGCCGCCUCCGCCGCCCUCUUCCUCGUCUUCCAGUACGCAGCGCAGGUCGGGAUAGCGCGAAAGUACGUGUGUUGGGGUCUGGCGCUGCUGAGUGUGUGCACCACCCUGUCAACGCUACUAAUGCCGGUUCAUCACAUCCCAGUCAAGGACACGACAGGUGGCGAUGACGAAGCCCAGCCAGACAAACAAAGUCUGCCUCUGUCCAAGAGCAUGUGGUCCACCUCAUCACUCCUCCACCAGUACUUCUUCUUCGUGUGUCUCUUCGCCAUCAAUGUGUACCAGCAGAACUACAACGUCUGGAUCAACCUGACAUCGUGUUCGGUGGAGGAAGCUGGCUUCUACUCCGAGAUCUUCAGCUACAGCAACCUCGUCACGGUGUUCUUCGGGCCCCUCGGAGGAGUCUUUACUGAUGUAAUGAUGCGGCGAGCACAGAAAACUGCGCCUGACGACCUGACGCGGCGGGUGAGGGAGGUGCAGGCGCCCUUCUGGCCUCUCCUCAUCACCACGGCGGCCACGGUGGCUAUGUACGCUUGCAAGUUCUUCCUGCACCCCGCCGUGUACGUGUCGCUGGUGGCCAUGGUCAUCGCCCGCCCCUGUGUCAUCGCUGUGUCCACCGCCUUCAUCAGGAUCAGGUUCCCCGUGAGUCACUUUAACCGCCUGAUGGGGGUCUACGGCACCGUCACGGCAGCCCUCAUGUUCCUGCAGUACCCGCACUUCAUCUGGGCACAGCACAUGUACUACACGGCCCACGGGUUUGUGCUGGUGUUGACGGUGCUGUGCGUGACCUACCCCCUGCAUCUGCUCUUCACGCCCCUCAUUCGCCACGCUGUCACGGUGCGGGACGGGAUCAAGAGUAACCCGCUGCUGGAUAAGGAUGGAUCCACGCAUGGCACACAGAACGGAGCGGCGAGAGCAUAGCCUGCAGGCACCAAGAUGGACCAACACUUCACCUGUACCCAGUGGAGGCCGAGAGAAUGACUGGGCUGACUUUUAUUGUGCCUUGUCAGUUAAAACGGUCUCAAUACUGUCUUCCCUUACCUGAGUAUCUAGUGAAGCUUAAUUAACAGGCCUCGCACUGGUUACCAGGUUCUUAAUCGCUCAAAAACUGUAAGAAUGAUUAGUGUUUAGUCCAAUGUGCAAUAGGUUUUGUUAAGAGGCGCAGGUAGAUGCCAAAAUAUAAAAGUAUACUUAUU